CUGCUUUCUUGUUGACAAGCAGUCUCACUUGGCCACUUGCUUUCUUCUUCUUUGUUUGUCAUAUAGUCCCACUUGCUUUCUUUUUUGUAUUCAAAGAAUUGUUUUUUUUUUAAAAAAAAAACAAGUCAGUGAAAAUCAAGGAUGGAAUUCGUGGUGCACAGCUUCCGUUUUCUGAUAUCCGUCCCGGCCGCGGAUGACGACGACGGCGAGUGGCUGAAGGAAAUGCGAGGGAACCUGGGGCUGAUGGCCACCAUGAUCGCAACCAUGGCCUUCCAGAACGGCCUGAACCCCCCCGGCGGCGUGAUCCAGAACGGCGACGGCGGAUCCGUCGCCUGCCCGUCAUCCUCCCCGGUCGGGCACGGCCAAGCAGCGUGCCCGGGCCAAUCCGUGUACGCCGCGAGGGACCGCCACGGCUACAGCGGGUUCAUGUUCACCAACUCCGCCUCCUUCCUGCUCUCGAUCACCGCAUGUAUACUGGUCAUCAGCGGGGUCCCUCUGGGUCGGGGGUAUCCCACCCUGGCCCUGGCUAUGCUCAUGUCCGUCUCUCUCAUUCUUCUCGCCGUCUCCUACGCGCUCGGAACCUUCCAUCUUAACCCCAGGAUUCAGAAAACCCCCGUCGCUUUCCGCGUUUUCAUCUACGUCUUUGUCACCUUCCUGGUGCUUCUCCUUUCUCUGCGCUUUGCUGCUCUGAUUCUGUCCCUCCGCCGCGUCAAGAAAAAAAAACAGGAGCUUCAAGGAACGAAUUCCGUUGCUGCUGCACCUGCUGCUGCAGCAAGUAGUUAAUUGCUCUGGGUGUUUUGUUUUACUAAUUUCUUGCGGAGGAUUAUAUUUAUAUAUAUGUGCACUUUCCUUUUUUUCCAAAUGAAUUGUUCUUGUUCUU